UGUUGUGCACUUGGACCCACAUCUUUAACUUCUUCGAAACCUUUGUGGUUGCAACUCAUUCCCUCUUGCCACUCUGGAAGUAUGAUAUGCUUGUUAUCGAAACUCCAAUUCGUUCCCGAUACCACCUUUUAUCAUGUCUUCUUUGUUCUGAAAAAUGAAUUGGAAAAAAUUGAAACCCAAUUCUUUGACCUCGAGUGAUUGUUGUAUCCUCCGAAUUUGCCCCAUCGUUCUUUUAAUACCGAUCCAGCUCGCCUUUUUUUUUUCCUCUAUAAUCUUGCCGAAUAAACUCCUCUUGCACUCCUCACUAGCUUUUAACAUCGUUCGUUCCUAGAUCAAUGACCGCAUCUUCCUUGGCAGAUAACGUGAAGUUCCGCAAUUUAUUCGCCAUCUCUUCUUCCAUUUCCUUCCGAACCCACAAACCCUACGAACCCUAGUCCUUCAAACCUCCUAUUCCCCCAAACCCGCUUGAAACAAACCCCUAAAAUACACGGAUAGUUGCUGCAAUAUUCUCACGGUGAACAUCCAACUCCGAUAAAAAAUUGUAUCGCUCUCAAUCGAGAGAAUUUGGAAGGAAGGACAUAAUUUUUACAUGGUAUCUAAUCAACAAACGCAUCUUGCAAUUGUUUAUUUUCUGCGUUAGAUACAUACACCUAAAUUCAUACUCCGCAACAUUUACAUCAAUGGCGGCGGCUCGCGACCGAGUUUGUCGACCGUUUUUUCGAGCCGUAAUCUGUUACCCUAUGACGGCACAAACCCGCCGCCGGUUUCACGAUUCUUCAUCUGCAUCAAGUGAUGGCCCUAUGCUCCAGAAGCUUCUGAAAACGCCCAUCUCAAGACUCAAAGCAACGCUCGAAUCUGAGUUCAGCGACGACUCAACCGAGUUCCCUUGGCCAGCUCUAUUGUCUUCUCUCAAUUCAUCUGCUCCACAGAAAGCUAACUUAGUUCUGGAAUGGAAAUUAGAGAAAUUGGUGAAUGGGGACAGGAAAAACCACGAUUGUUAUGCAUAUUUGAUAUAUUUAUGCCAAAAUAUUAGAAAUCUGCCAACGGCAAUGUUUAUAUUCUCUUCAAUGGAGGCUCAGGGAAUUAAGCCUACAUCCUCAAUCUUCAACACCCUAAUAUCCACAAGCAUAUUUUCUGGCAAUUUGCUCACAGCAUUAAGUCUUUUCGAGAUCAUGAAGGGUUCGGAUGACCACGGCCCUAAUUCCGAAACGUAUACUAUUUUUAUUUCGGCAUAUGCGAAUUUGGGAAAUAGAAGUGCAACUGAAGCUUGGUUAGCAGCUAAAAGAGCCUCCGGAUGUGCUACCGAUGUUCAGGAAUACGGUUUCCUUGUACAGUGUUGUGUCAAAUCAAAAGCUUACGAAGAUGCUCAGAGAUAUUUUGAUGAGAUGAUGUCGGCCGGUUUAAUGCCUGAUGAACGAGUUCUACAAAACAUGCUAAUAAUGUACUGUCAGCAAAGAAAUUUUUGUAGGGUUGAGGAGAUGUUGAAGUUUUUAAUCCAUGGUAGUUUUCGAAUUGAUUUAGAUGUUGCCAAAAGGAUUGUUCGUUUUUACUGCGAAUUGGGACUGGUUAAAGAGUUAGAAGAUUUAAUUGUAAUUUUUACUGAGUCGGGUCAAGCUCCAGAUUUCCUUGCAUUGGUUUACUGCUCUGUGAUAAGAUUGUAUGCGGACUUAGAUAGAUUAGAUGAUGUUGAGUUUUCAGUUGGGAGAAUGCUGAAGAGUGGAAUUUCAUUUACUUGCAAAGAGGAUGUUGAGAAGGUAAUUUGUUGUUAUUUCAGGAAGGAAGCUUAUGAUAGGCUGGACUUGUUUCUGGAAUGUAUUAAAGAUUCCUACAAACUGACUCGGCCUAUUUAUGAUUUGUUGUUUGCCGGCUACCGAAGGGCAGGACUGUUGGGAAAAUUGGACAUCCUUUUGAAACAGAUGAAAUUAGCUGGGUUUGCAUAG